GGGCGCCCCCGGCCGGACCGGCAUCGACACCGUGGAAUCCCUCUUUGGCCGCCUCCCCCCGCGCGCCUAUCUGCUCCCUCCCUCUCUCCCUCUCUCUCCCUCCCCUCUCUCUCUCUCUUUCUCUGCACUCCCGCCGGGAGCUCCCUCCCCCAGGCCCUCGACGCCCCCGUCGACCCCUCGAGCAGCGGGCCUCCUCCCACUCGGGCCUCUGCCGGCUGGGCUUCACACGAGUCGGAUGGGCUCGUUGGAGUGCGCGGACCCGGCCCCCACCGGGGUCGAGGCGGCCAUGCGGCUCGCCGACGCGGUGGAGGCCGGCACCGAGGCGCCCAGCGUCGGUCUGCUGGAGCGCCUCAAGGAACUGGCCGACGAUCCGGCGGCCGCGGUACACGCGUGCCGGGCCCUUGCGGCGGUGGCCCAACGCUCGCAGACAGCCGGGCGCAUGGUCAACCGGGCGGUGUUCCUCCGCGCCCGGGCGUUUGCCACGUCGUCAGACCCGCAGGUGGUGGGCUUCUCGGCGUGGGCGCUGGCCGGGCUGGCGCUCAAUGCUGAGUGCAACCCCCCUGGGGGGAAUGAGGCGAUCCUGCGGCAUCUGCGGUCGCUGGCCGAGCGGCCGGGGCGCACCGGCCCAACGCACACCGCCGUGGCCAUGGGCCUGGCCCACCUGGCGCUCAAUGAAAGUUUUUCCUCCGGCCACUGGGAGGACAUGGUCGCGUGUGCGGAAAGGCUUCUCCGGCGACCGGACCUCGGUGCGGAGGGCUGCUCAUGGCUGGCCCUCGGGCUGUCACUCGUGGCCGUUCAUGCGCCGCGCCAAAGCACGGGGCCUUUCGCGCGGCGUCUGCUGGAAAUGCUGUCCGCGGUCCUGGAGCUGGGCCUCGAGCAGGGGCUGGGCGCGGUCGACGUGGCGCGGCAUGUGGGCCGCGGCCUGGAGCGGCUGCUUGCCCCCUCGAGUCUCUACCUGCCGGAGGUGAACCAUGCUUUGUUUUGUGCGGUCCUGCGCGUGGCGGCCGUGGCGCGGGAUGACAUGGACCUGCAGGAUUCGGUGGCGCGGUGCUUCGGGCACCUGUCGGUCGGUGCCGUCACGAACAGUAGCCAGCUCAAUGGCCAGCUGCUGCAGGCGUCCUUGGCCCUGUCCCGGCGGAUGGUCGGGAUCCUGUCGGCCGAGACCCAGGCCCUGCGGUGUGUGGUUGGCAUUGCCCGGAACUCGCGCGACAACCGGCCCGUGGUGAAUUGGCUGCUGAUGCGGGAGAUCCUGGCCGCGGUGCGGCGCGGGCGCGGCCAUGAGGAGAUGGAGAUCUUUGCCCUGGCCGGCCUGGGGCAGCUGGCUUGGAACUCGCACAACAAUGGCUCGCGCAUGAACCGCCUGACCAUGCGGGCGCUGCUGGACUACACGCAUCGGCCGGUGGACGACGUGAAGGUGCAGCGGUUUUUGUCCAUCGCCCUGGGCCACCUGGCCAUCAAUUGUGCGAUGCUUGCUGCCUGUCGCGGGGCCGCCAUGUGUGCUUUUUUUUUUUCCCCCCCCCCGCGUCUUUUCUUCGCCUCCUGCCUGUUGGUGUUUGUCUCCCUCCGCCUCGGGCCGCGGCCCCGCCGCCUGGCUAUGUGCCUCCGCGGCGCGGUCCCGGGAAACUAACCUUCGACGACUCGCGGAAUGGGAGCAGCCCUGCACAACCGGCAGUCGUUCAAUGUCCUGAUCCUGCGCCAGCUUCGCCUGGCCAUCGCGCGGGCGCCGGAUGACUUCGACACGCAGGAGUACGCCAUCGCGGCGCUGGCCAACCUUUGCGGCAGCGCGACGCGCAACUGCCCGCGCAUGAAUGCGGCCCUUUUCCAGGCCCUGAGUCUGCAGGAUGCGUACGACGCGGCGCACUUCCACAACCGCCGGCUUCUGGGCAUGAUGCUCCUGGCGAACAACGGUACGGCGUGCGGGGCGUCGGGGGCUUGCCUGGUCUCUUCUCUUUUUUCCCCCCGCCUGCCUCUCGGAUUUAACACCUCUCGGCGGAGCAGCCCCGGCCAACCGGCGUCGGCUCAACACCCAAGUGGCGGGGCGCAUCGCGGCCCUGGCGCCGGGCUGCGCCGGGGACCGGGAGGCGCUAGAAUACGCCCUGCACGGGGCGGUCCUCUUGGCGCGUCAUGCCCCCGGCAACGCCCGAGCGGCCAAUGGCCACCUGGUCGAGGCGCUGGCCAGCCUCCAGGAGCCCUUUGCCGGGGAUCCGUGCGCGGAUCUCGAGCUGACCAAGGCCCUGGUGGCGAUCGCGAACAAUGGUGCGGGGGUGCGGGGGUGCGGGGGGCAUGGGCAGCAUGGGCCGCCGGUCUUCCGGCCUUUGGCUAACCACGGGCCGGGUCAAAUGCAGCGGCCAAAAAUGCCCGCGGCCUGAAUGCGCGUCUGCGGGAGCUGCUGGCCGCGCGGUCGGGCCCGGAGGCCGAGGCGGCUGUGUCUUUGCUGGCAUCCCGGACAUAGGCCGCCAUGCACCGUGGCAUGAUGCUGGCCGGUCGUAUGUGUGUGUGUGUCUGUGUGUAUGUGUGUAUUUGGGCCUCGUGCGUGCAAUUGCGCCGAGCCGUCCGACGCUGGCUUUUCGGAAUACACCUUUCCGGGCUGUCCC